UGAAAAUUUGCAAAAAGUGUAAAGAAAAUAAUCACAAUUGUUGCGAAUGAAUUGCAAGCAAAUACAAAAACAAAACGAAAAAGUAGAAAGUGGUGAAUGGUGAAGGUUUACGCUAAAUGCUUUCGAAAUGUGAAGUGGAAAAUAUUGAAAAGCGUUUUGUCAAUAAAAGUACGCGAAACAAAAGAUACCAAACUUGUAUAAAAUAAAUAAAAUUACAAAAAAUACAACAACAACAGCAGUAAUACAUAGCAGUGCUAAUAUCAAAACAUAAAAACAAAAGCAGUAGAAGAAAAUAAACAAUGACACGCCUCACCGAGGAAAUGGUCAUUGCUCGCUCCAAGCAAUCCGAUUUGGGGUCCAUCAAAAAGCUCAAUUGCUGGGGAAGUGAUCUCAGCGAUGUCUCCAUAAUUAAAAGAAUGCGUGGUGUGGAGGUUUUGGCGUUAAGUGUCAAUAAAAUAACCACAUUGCAACCAUUCGAAGACUGCCUAAAACUUCAGGAAUUAUAUUUGCGUAAAAACAAUAUACAGGAUAUUAAUGAAAUCGCUUAUCUGCAAAACUUGCCCGUACUCAAGUACUUGUGGUUGGAGGAGAACCCAUGCUGUGAUCGAGUGGGACCCAGCUAUCGCCAAACAGUGCUACGCGCCUUGCCGAAUCUCAAGAAAUUGGAUAAUGUGGAGGUGACGCAAGAGGAGCUCGAUGAGGCGUUGCGCGCCGGUGGCAGCGGCAGUGGCAGUGGUGGUACGCGCGAAGAAGAAGAUGUCUAUGAGGAUAGCUAUACGCAACAACAACCACCGUCAAGGUACGAACAACCAUCGCCACCGCAACAACAACAAAUGCAACAGCAACAACAAGCGCAACAAAAUCACUACCCGCCACAACAUAGACAACAGCAACAACAACAACAACAGCAGCAGCAACAAGCGUCACAAUAUCAACACCAUCCGUCACCGCAACAGUAUCAACAACAACAACGACGCAGUUCCAGUCCAAUGAAAGAGCCCUCGACACAAAAUAGUCCGGCAAAUACUGAGGAAAGCGCCAGCGAGCCCAGUAAAAGCAACGAGGUCUCAAAACCGGCCUCACCCGCACAGGAGCCAGUUGCGCAUACACCCUCACCGAAAUAUAAUUCAUACACGAACGUGAAUCGGUUGUCUUAUCAUCAAUAUGAUCAACGCUCCCCCGGCUCGGACCAGGAUAGUCCGCAUGUGGGGUAUCGAGAACGUGCGCCCAUACCGCCUAGCAUAUCCACACAAUCGAUGAAGGAAUACUAUCAGUCUGACCGUCCGUCCUAUCCUGCUCAUUAUCGUCACAGUCAAACCGACCUGACCGAGUGGGAGGAGCAUCAGCAGCACAAUCAAUUUGGCAGCACAGCAGCGCUGCAUCAUGCGGGUGGUCCGCGUCGCGGUGACGUCAGCGACCGUUAUGCGUAUCGGAAUGGCAGUGCGCGUGAAAAUGGUGGCGAUUGGGAGGAGGCGGAACGGCCGCGACCUAGACGGCCCGAUGGACGCUACAGCGACUCUGCCAGCACCGUCUCAACAGCUGUACUUAAUCAUUAUUCGGGCUAUCAUAGACGUCCCAUAAAUCGGAGUUCAAAUUUGCUAUCAGCAACGCUGUGUCUUGUCAAAGAGCUGGACUACCCGAGUCUGGAGGUGGUGGAACAUGCCGUGCGUUGUCGCAUCGAUGAGCUCUCCGCCGAUUGAUGAUGAACGCGCCGCAUGCCAUCCUACUGAGGGAUGCGGCGGCCACCGUGAAGCGCAGUACUAGCCACCGGCCAGUGGCGCUUCGAAACAAAGCAACAAUAACAACAAAGCAAAAAUGAAAAACAAAAACGAAAGAACUGAAAUGGUGUGGACCAUCAAGUUGACGACGACGAUAGCGAAGCGAUAAAAGAGACAACGGUGUUGGACUGUAAAUACUCACAAACUGUUGAUGGGAAUGAUGCCAGAAAUCGGCUACGAAUAUUAAUUUAAUUUAACAAAUUUCUUGCGUUUAACUAAACUUAAGUAAUUUUACUCGAUCUGGUUUGAUAUUUUUUUGUAACUUACGGUGUUUAACUCGUAUAAAAAUGCAAUGUAAUUAGAGAAAUUCCUUAAUUUCUAACAAAAUUAGUAUUUAUGAUUAAAAUAGUUGACUUUUACAAAGUGUAGGUGCAAUGAUAAAGUUUAUGGAAUUACUAAGCGAAAUGGCUAAGAAAUUCGCUGCCGAAAUUUAUGUACAAUAAUAACGGUGAAAUGCAAAAUGAAAAUAAGGUUUUAACAUGAGAGCUGCAGUAAGAGAGUAUGAAAAUAUAAAAAAAUGCAAUUGAAACAGACUUGCCAAUCAAACAAACCGAUACACAUACAAAUACACUUAAAUAGUAUAAAAUAAUAAUUUUUAUAUAAAUUAAUAUUUUAUUUGAAAUUAAAUAAAUAAAAAAUGUAUGAAAUAAUAGACAAAUUUGCCAAUGGAAUUCAACGAAAUUUUGAAAACCAACAAUAAAAGAAAAAAAAAAACAACAAAAAAUAAAUAACAAAGAAGAAAAAAAUUAUAUUAUAUAUAUCUGUAUGUAUAUAAUCGCAUGUGAAAUAGUAAAUAUGUAUAAAUAGGCGUUUGCUAAAAAUUUAACAAAAAAUGAAAUUGUGUGUAUUUUGAUAUUAUACAAUUUAAGCAAAAAUAUUUACAUACAUAUAGUAA